AUGGUCGACCAAACUCCCAAGAACAUUCGCCCGCUUAGCCGGUUCAUCACUACCCACAACUCCAGCGGCGAAGCAAUCUUCUCCAAUGCCCUCUCCGAGGAUAUGCCGGUUCAGCGCGUGGGCGAUGGCGCAGACUUCAGCCUUGCCUACACAUCCUCCCACUUCCCUGCUCAAUUGAACAAUGAUGCCGACCUCGACGAAUACAACGAAUAUCUCAAUAGCCCACCGGGCAUUACCAUCUCAACUGGAAACGUCUGCCGAAUCGUGGAUAUGCAGCCCGGUGUUCUGAGCCCUAUGCACCGCACCGUCUCGCUAGACUAUGGCGUUGUUCUGGAGGGAGAAGUCGAGCUUAUUCUGGACUCGGGCGAGACGAGGCUGCUGAAGCGGGGUGAUGUCGCUGUGCAACGCGGAACCAACCACGCCUGGCGCAAUGUCACACCUGAUGUCGUUGAUCCGGUCACCGGAGAAAAGACACCGCAGUGGGCCCGUAUGCUUUAUGUCCUUGCCCCAGCGCAGGAGAUGUCUAUUGGGGGUAAGAAGCUGGGAGAGGUUGUGGAUGGCAUUGGAGUCCGGGCGAGCACUUGA